AUGGCGACAGCGUUCAAGGUUUGCAAGAACUUUAACAUCACCGUUGGUUACUUUGACGACGGGGAGGGCCCUUGCGCGGGGAAAGAGUACUCCGCAGAAGACGUUGAAGGGACGUGCAUCAAUUGUUACAAAGACGGGCCACAUGCUUCCCUUGCAGACUGGCUAUCCCGCUUGGAUCAGGACUGGGGGAUUGCGAUGUCGUUUGCCAUCUUCUGGGUUUCCUUGUUCGGCUGCAUCAUCCUAGUGGGCUCCUUGACCCUGGACCUCGCGAAAGACGCCCAGAGGGUGGUGGCGAAAAAGAUGAGCUGA